AACAACAGUGUCAGUGUUGUUAGGACAAGUCGAGAUGUUUCCUCGUUGGCUCCUGCUUUUGGCCAUGGCCUCUGUGGCCUGUUCUCAAACCGUUGAGGAAAACGCGAGGGAAUUCUUAAAGAAAUUCGAUGAAGAGGCGACCAAUCUCGUCUACCAGUAUUCCCUUGCAUCCUGGGCCUACAACACAGAUAUCUCCCAGGAAAACGCAGAUAAAGAGGCUGAAGCAUACGCAAUCUGGAGCGAGUUCUACAGCAAGAUGUCCGAGGAGUCCAGCGCGUACCCCGUUGAUCAAAUCUACGAUCCGCUGAUUAAAAUUCAGCUCCAAAAGCUCCAAGAUAAAGGAUCAGGGGCGCUUUCACCGGAUAAGGCUAGUGAACUGAGAAGCAUCAUGUCACAGAUGAGCACAAUUUACAACACGGCAACCGUGUGCAAAAUCGACGAUGCCACUGACUGCCAGACUUUGGAACCAGGUCUAGAGAGUAUCAUGGCAAACAGCAGGGACUAUGACGAGCGUCUACAUGUGUGGGAGGGAUGGAGAGUGGCCGCAGGGAUGAAGAUGAGACCCCUUUAUGAGAAAUAUGUGGAUCUGAAGAACGAAGCUGCCAAACUCAACAAUUUUGAAGACCAUGGAGAUUAUUGGAGGGGGGAUUAUGAAACCAUCGACGAACCCGAAUACAGUUACUCCCGAAACCAAGUUAUGGAAGAUGCCAGGCGCAUUUACCAGGAGAUUUUGCCUUUGUACAAAGAGCUUCAUGCUUAUGUGAGAGCAAAACUGCAAGGCGUUUAUCCCGGUCACAUCGCCUCCGAAGCAUGCCUUCCAGCACAUCUGCUUGGUGAUAUGUGGGGAAGGUUUUGGACCAACUUGUAUCCUCUCAUGAUCCCGUAUCCAGAAAAGCCUGAUAUCGAUGUGAGCUCUGAAAUGGUGGCCCAGGGCUGGGAUGAAAUCCGCCUGUUUAAAGAGGCAGAAAAAUUCUUCAUGUCUGUAAACAUGCCUGCAAUGUUUGACAACUUCUGGACAAACUCCAUGUUUAUUAAGCCCGAAGGAAGGGACGUGGUGUGUCAUCCUACUGCAUGGGACAUGGGAAACAAGGAAGACUUCAGAAUCAAAAUGUGCACUAAAGUGAACAUGGAUGAUUUCUUAACUGUUCACCACGAGAUGGGUCAUAACCAGUAUCAAAUGGCGUACCGUCACCACUCAUACCUGCUGAGAGACGGUGCUAAUGAAGGCUUCCACGAGGCCGUGGGAGAGAUCAUGUCCCUGUCUGCAGCCACUCCCUCUCACCUGCAGUCGCUGGGCCUUCUACCUGCUGACUUCAAACAAGACUUUGAGACAGAUAUUAACUUCCUUCUGAAGCAGGCCCUCACCAUCGUGGCCACUCUGCCUUUUACCUACAUGCUGGAGGAAUGGAGGUGGCAAGUCUUCAAAGAGAACAUCCCCAAAGAUGAGUGGAUGCUCCGCUGGUGGCAAAUGAAGAGAGAACUUGUUGGCGUGUCUGAGGCUGUGCCCAGAGAUGAGUCUUAUUGUGACCCACCUGCACUUUUCCAUGUCUCUGGGGAUUAUUCUUUUAUCAGGUACUUUACUAGAACCAUAUAUCAGUUCCAAUUUCAAGAGGCCUUAUGUGAGGCAGCCGGCCACACCGGUCCCCUUUACAAAUGCGACAUUACAAACUCAACCAAAGCUGGUAACAAACUCAGGCAUAUGCUUGAGUUAGGCAGAUCCAUGUCUUGGACUCGUGCUCUGGAAGAUGUUGCAGGAACCACGAGGAUGGACUCUCAGCCACUUCUACAUUACUUCAGCACUCUCAUGGACUGGCUAAAGGAGGAGAACCGGAAGAACAACAGAGUGCCUGGCUGGGAUGUCAAUAUCAACCCAACAUCCUCUAUAAGUAAAGAUGAUUCAAACGCAUUCAAAGUCAGAAUAAGCCUAAAAUCUGCCAUGGGAGAUGAAGCAUACACUUGGAAUUCAAAUGAAAUGUAUCUCUUUAAGUCCGCCAUGGCCUUUGCCAUGCGCCAGUACUACUUAGAAGAAAAGGGAAUAGAAAUGAAUUUUACGCCAGAGAAUAUCAACAUAUACAAUGAAACAGUCAGAAUCUCCUUUUAUUUCAUUGUGAUGGAUCCAACCAAACCAGACACAAUCAUUCCCAAAACAGAUGUAGAGGCAGCAAUCUGGCUGUCCAGGGAACGCAUCAAUGGUGCAUUUUUACUCAGUGAUGAAACACUGGAAUUUGUUGGGCUGCUGGCGACAUUAGCUCCACCCAAAGAGGAAAAAAUCACAGUUUGGCUGGUGGUGUUUGGAGUGGUAAUGGGUGUAACUGUGCUAGGGGGGAUCUACCUGAUUACCACAGGGAUAUUAAACAGGAAGAAGAAAGCUAAGAAGGCUAACGAGACCGUGAACCCAUAUGAGAAUUCAGAUGAUGGAGAAGUCAACAAAGCCUUUGAGGAAGACAUUGAACAAACAGGACUAUAAAGAAGUAGAUGCUUUCAAAAAUCAGAAGUGAUGGGACAAAAGCAUCUCCACCAUUGCCUGAUUUUGAAAACAUUUUGUUAGAAUAUUUUUUUUUCUUGCAAAUGUUUAUUUAAGUGUUUGAUGUUAACAUGUAGAAAUGGAUACAUGUAGAAAUGCAUAGCUCAAAUUUCUGGUAGCUUAUACAGGCAAAUGUAUAUAUAGGUUAAUAUAAAGUACUCAUAAUAUAUUUAAAGAGAACUUUGA